UCAAACUAAACAUAGUUACUGCGAGCUCAGGAUAGCAUAAAGGCGGCGUGGAAGGAGAGGGAGCGCAUUGCACACGAACAACAACGCCGCCAAUAGAUGGGUGCGUGAGCUGAGGGCCAAUGCUGAAGAGUAGGCCCGUAUUUUACUGUCAACAUUGUUUACACAUAUCCGCUACUCGCAGUCUAUAUAAACGCGUCGAAAUGACAGAUGCACUGCAAGCAUACUCUGAUUAGCCUUUUCUCCUUCUGGGCCCUUCAAUUCUUAAUUCUUUUGACUCGCUCUUGCUCUAGUCACUUUACUCAGUGCUUCCAGUACCCUGACGAUUGCUUUUUUGCUUCCGUAAAACUCUGUCUCAAGGCGCGUGCCCAAAUUGGCACCAGCUCGUUGGGCAGAAAUAGCGACUAUUUUUGGAAUAGACCCUGUACAGGACAACAAAUGCUUUUUCUCUGUAUAUCUCCUUUGCGUACUGUAGCGCCUUCUUUCCGCCAUACUGCAUCUCGGCGCAGAGAAUGUAAUGAGCUCAUAUUCUUCUGUAAUUGCAUCGAAUCGGAUUGUACAUGCGCAUCGUGUGUUUGCCGCGCACGAAACAGGACCAAAAAUGAUUUUUAUUUUUAUCCGCAUCCGUCAUCCCCAACUCCUUCGCUUUGGUCGCCUUCUGACCCUUCAAGCCUUUUGAAGGCGUUAUUGAACAAAAAAGGCUGUUGGAGAGGAUGACAGAAUUGGGCGCAGACAGCUUGCUGCACCACUCACACGUCUUGAGGUCUUAGGCCGCCAAAAAUAGCGGGCCCAAACCGGUCCAAAUAAACGAGACAUUAAAGAAUAAAAAGUGUCGUCCA